AUGACUUUUUGGUUUCUAUCCCUGGAACUUAUGAACAGUUCAGUGAUAAACACUGUGACCAAAUUUAUCCUCCUAGGCUUUCCUGGUGGCCAGGAGAUGCAAAUUUUCUACUUCUCACUGUUCUUUGGAGUCUAUGUAUUUACCAUAAUAGGAAAUGGCAUCAUCGUCUGUGCCGUAAAGUGGGACCAACAGCUCCACACUCCAAUGUAUAUACUCCUGGGGAAUUUUGCGUUCCUUGAAAUUUGGUACAUCACUUCCACUGUGCCCAGUAUGCUGGCCAAUUUCCUCUCAGAGACAAAAACCAUCUCUUUUGUUGGAUGCUUCCUCCAGUUAUAUUUUUUUACUUCCCUUGGGACAACUGAGACAUAUUUCCUUUGCAUCAUGGCAUAUGACCGAUACCUCGCCAUCUGCCGCCCAUUGCACUACCCAACCAUCAUGACUUUACAACUUUGCUAUAUCUUGAUGUCCCUUUGCUGGGUAUUUGGGUUUCUUAGUUACUCAGUCUCCACAGUACAACUCUCCCAGUUGUCUUUCUGUGGACCCUACAUCAUUGAUCACUUCUUAUGUGACAUGGACCCAUUGAUGGCUCUUUCCUGUGCUCCCGCUCCUAUUACUGAGAUAAUCUUCUACGUACUGAGCUCCCUCAUUAUCAUCCUCACUCUGUUGUACAUCCUUGGCUCCUAUACCCUUUUGCUUAGAGUUGUAUUAAAAGUCCCUUCAGCAGCUGGCCGGCAAAAAGCCUUUUCCACCUGUGGAUCACAUCUGACAGUAGUGUGUUUCUUUUUUGGGGCCCUCUUGGCGAUGUAUGUGAGUCCCAUGUCUGAUAACGUGGCUGAUAUUCAAAAGAUUAUAACUUUAUUUUAUUCUGUAGUCACUCCAUUCUUAAACCCUCUGAUUUAUAGUUUACGGAACAAGGAAAUGAAGGCUGCAUCGAGGAAAAUAUUGAGGAUGACCUUAAAGUGUUCUUCAUGA